AUGGCCAGUGAGGGAGUUUCAAGUACAGUGUCCAGCAAGACAGGUGAGCUACUGGGUUGUGUGUCAGGUGUCUCAGGCUCAUGUGACUCUGGGCAGAGGUGUGAAUGUGAGCCAGCUGUGUGUGAGCCUCCAUCUCUGGAGGAGCUGGAAGAGGUGCUACAUUCAGCCCAGAGCUCCUGUAGGCAUGGAGACGAGGUGUGGCCCAACCUAUACCUGGGGGAUAUGUAUAUGUCUCAUAACAAGUAUGAGCUGUGGAGGUUGGGCAUCACUCAUGUUCUGAAUGCAGCCCAUGGUAAGAUGUGUUGUAAAGGCAGUGAUGAUUACUACGGUACCACAGUCAGCUAUUACGGUGUUCCUGCCAAUGACCUACCCACCUUUGACCUCUCACCUUUCUUUUACCCUGCUGCUCAGUACAUCCACCAGGCAUUAAAGUCAGGAGGCAAGGUGUUAGUGCACUGUGCUGUAGGAGUGAGUCGGUCGGCUGCGUUGGUCCUAGCCUUCCUCAUGAUCCAUCAUCAUCAUCCUCUGCUGGCAGCCAUCCGGCUGGUGCAGCAAAAACGAUGGGUGUUCCCCAACAGAGGAUUCCUAAUGCAGCUUAUUAACCUGGACUACACUCUUCACAGAGAGAGAAGGGACUGA